AGGUUCCAUUUUUUUAUUAUCUUUAAGCUUUCCCUUUGGUCUUUCUCACCAUUGUUCUUCGUCCUCUGCGUGCGACUCGUAACGCUCUCCAGUCAUCUCUCCGGACUUUUAACGGAUGGGAACAUCAUCUGGAUCCAACCUCCCUCACCAAAUGCUACCUCCACGCCAACAGCUCCAAACCGUUCUCUCCCUCGCAUCUUCGGAUCCACCCCACUUGUCACGCUCCAGCUCCGGCAUCGUCCGUGAAUCACCAGCCGAGAGCGCCAGCUCUCAAGAAACCUGGCCGACCUCAAAGUCCAUCAUGGCAAAGAAGACAGAGAGCGGAGGAAAGUCGGUUACCGACAAGGUGUCGCUACAGGACAUAGCUAGAGAGAGAGUGGAGUUAGUCUCCGAGAGGAUGCUCCGACUACCAGAAGGAUACCUCGAGGAGUUAAAGAACGGGCUCAAAGCUAUCCUCGACGGAAACGGUUCACAGCCCGUUGAGGAGUUCAUGUUUCUACAGAAGUUCGUCCAGACACGUUCGGAUUUGAACUCAAAGACGCUUGUCAGAGCUCACAGAGUGCAGCUCGAGAUCCUUGUGGUUAUAAAGACUGGUAUUCAAGCCUUCCUCCACCCGAACAUCAACCUCUCUCAGACAAACCUCAUCGAGAUCUUCUUGCACAAACGAUGCAGAAACAUCGCUUGCCAAAACGAGCUCCCGGCAGACGACUGUCGCUGCGAGAUGUGCGCUAACAGGAAAGGCUUCUGCAACCUCUGCAUGUGUGUGAUCUGCAGCAAGUUCGACUUUGCUGUCAACACGUGCCGCUGGAUUGGAUGCGACGUGUGUUCUCACUGGACUCAUACGGACUGUGCGAUUAGAGAUGGGGAGAUCUCGAUGGGAGUUUCGGCUAAGAGUGUCUCUGGGAUGGGAGAGAUGCUGUUCAAGUGUAGAGCUUGCAACCAUACCUCUGAGCUGCUCGGUUGGGUUAAAGAUGUGUUUCACCACUGUGUGCCGAACUGGGACAGGGAGGCUUUGAUGAAGGAGCUUGAUUUUGUGCGUAGGAUAUUCCGUGGGAGUGAAGAUACGAGAGGGAGGAAACUGUUUUGGAAGUGUGAGGAGAUUAUUGACAAGAUUAAAGGUGGCUUGGCUGAAUCAACAGCUGCAAAGUUGAUACUCAUGUUCUUCCAAGAAAUUGAAUUGGACUCUCCAAAGAGCCUUGAAAACGGAGACGGUGGAGGAAUGAUAGCACCUCAAGACGCAUGCAACCGCAUUGCUGAAGUUGUGAAGGAGACACUGAGGAAGAUGGAGAUAGUGGGGGAGGAGAAGUCGAGGAUGUACAAGAAAGCGAGGAUGGGGCUUGAGGAAUGCGAGAGGGAGAUGGAAGAGAAGGCAAAGGAAGUAGCGGAGCUGAAGAUGGAGAGGCAGAAGAAGAAACAACAGAUAGAGGAAGUUGAGAGGAUAGUGAGGCUGAAACAAGCAGAGGCAGAGAUGUUUCAGUUGAAAGCCAACGAGGCGAAAAUGGAAGCAGAGAGGCUGGAGAGGAUUGUGAAAGCGAAGAAGGAGAAGACUGAGGAGGAGUAUGCGAGUAACUACCUGAAACAGAGGCUGAGCGAGGCGGAGGCAGAGAAAGAGUAUCUGUUUCAGAAGUUAAAAGAGCAAGAAAGUGGUGGUAACAGUGGUGGUGGUGAGGCCUCACAGUCUGUGAUGUACUCAAAGAUCAGAGAGAUGCUGAGUGGGUACAAUGCACCGUCGCCAAGAGUUGAUCCAAGAUCAAACCAGAGAAACCAUUUCGGAUCCAAUCCUUGAAAUGUUUGUAUUCAUGUUCAGCUUCGAAUCAAUUACUGUUGGAUUUGCGUGCGUGUUAACUGUGAAGUCUUGUAGUCGUUGUAUUUUAUUAAUGUUUAAUACUCCUUCCGUUCUCGAAAGUAAGAUCGUUUUAGAUU